AAACGCGGUAAAACGAUAUUCCGGUUUGUAGACGGAGGGGCAGCAGCAUGGCAUCCGACAGCACCAUGGCUAACGUUAACGGACGAGAGACCGUCUCCUCCCUGAACGGUGAGCCGGUGGUGAAGCGGCCACGGGAGAGCGCCUCCCAGGAGUCUCCUCUCCGGGUCCCUAAGGAGCCUCCGAACAAAGUGACCGUCGUGCUCGGGGCGCAGUGGGGCGACGAGGGCAAAGGAAAAGUUGUGGACUUGCUCGCCAUGGAUGCGGAUAUCGUCUGCAGGUGCCAGGGAGGCAACAACGCAGGUCACACGGUGGUUGUGGACUCAGUGGAGUAUGACUUCCACCUGCUGCCCAGUGGAGUGCUCAACAAGAAGGCUGUGUCCUUCAUUGGCAACGGAGUGGUGAUACACCUGCCAGGUCUGUUCGAGGAGGCAGAAAAGAACCUGCAGAAAGGCAAAGGAUUACAAGGAUGGGAGGACAGAUUGAAGAUCUCUGAUCGUGCCCACAUUGUGUUCAACUUCCAUCAGGCUGUUGAUGGAAUCCAGGAGCAGCAGCGUCAGCAGCAAGAAGGGAAAAAUUUGGGAACCACUAAAAAGGGGAUCGGUCCUGCCUACUCCUCCAAAGCUGCCCGGAACGGCCUGCGAGUCUGCGACCUUGUCUCGGAUUUCAAGGUUUUUGAGGACAAGUUUCGCAUGUUGGCAGAACAUUUCCUGACGAUGUAUCCAAACCUCAACGUCGACACUGACAGUGAACUGGAGCAGCUGAAGGGAUAUGCAGAGAGGCUGCGUCCUCUGGUGACUGACGGGGUGUACUUCAUGCACAAAGCUCUUACUGGUCCCAGUAAGAAAAUCCUGGUGGAGGGAGCCAACGCCGCUCUGCUGGAUAUUGACUUUGGGACGUAUCCGUUCGUGACGUCUUCUAACUGCACUGUGGGAGGAGUGUGCACAGGCCUUGGCGUGCCUCCAUCGCACGUCGGCCGAGUGUAUGGCGUCGUCAAAGCGUACACCACCCGGGUGGGCGUUGGUGCUUUCCCAACAGAGCAGGAUAAUGACACUGGAGCACUGUUACAGUCCAGAGGGAGAGAGUUCGGCGUGACGACGGGCAGGAGGAGGCGUUGUGGUUGGCUGGACCUGAUUUUGGUCAGAUACGCCCACAUGGUCAAUGGCUUCUCUGCAAUCGCCCUGACAAAGCUGGACAUUUUGGACACACUGCCAGAGAUUAAAGUGGGCGUGGCCUAUAAGGUCGAUGGACAACCUCUACCAAGUUUCCCCGCAAACAUGGACGUAUUGACGCGGGUGUCAGUGGACUACAAGACGUUUCCCGGCUGGUGCUGCAGCACUGAAGCAGCCCGGAGCUUCGAGGAGCUGCCGUCGCAGGCACAGAACUACAUUCGGUUCAUCGAGGACUUCCUGCAAGUGCCAGUGAAGUGGGUCGGAGUCGGCAAGUCCAGAGAGAGCAUGAUCAAACUGUUUUGAUCCGACCUGCCGGGCUCCUCAACAACAGCUCAGAUGAUAACUUCAGGUUUUGAUAGGAUUGCCAGAGGAGUUUAAAAUGCAAACUCUUCUAAAGGAAAUACUUCACCAGCAAGGCUAUUUGUGAAACGUUUAGUUGCUGCUUGUGCGUUACAUUUACAGUAAUUCUUCUAAGAGAUAAUUUAUGCAUUCCACAUAAGUUUUCCUAUAUUUAUUAGGUUGUUAACUUUUAAAACAUGAUGCAAACGGAUCAGUUAUUCUUUAUUCCAUUCCAGAGUAAAGCGGUUUAUUGUUUUUAGCUUUUGAAGCUGCUUAACCUUAACUGAUUUGUUCUCCAUGUUAUUUUUUAAAACAUUUGAAGAGCCGUUGAUGAACAGAUGCAGAAGCCUUCGUAUUAAAGGGCACAACACAAUAAAGCAAGAGAUUAUUUUCAGGCUUUGUAAUGAGAUGGAAGAACGAUUGAAAGCCAUCGCACAAUCACUCCGAUUGUGAACUUUUCUAUUUAACAAUUUUAAAACACUUUAAAAACAUGAAUGCAUCUCAGUUAAGUUUGUAACAAUAUUUUCACAAUGAUUGUUGGAAUAAACAUUUUUAAAUCAUCAUCAGAACAGAUAAUUCAACACUAAGCAGUCUGAGUUUGAAUAGAUGUUUUCUUCAUAAUAACUGGGGGAACGUAAUUCCUCGUCCACACAGAGACACUGGCUGGUCUUUGAGAAGUUUGUGUAAAUGUAAGAAAAUGGCCAGUGAGCAGUAAUGUACCAGGGUAUAUCUCAAUAUGUUUCCUACACCAUUCAUUCAUUGUCAAUGAUGUAAAAGACUCUUACUCAGCUUGCUGUUACCAAUAAAAGGAAACUAACAUUUA